AUGGAUCCAAACACCUCCCGACAUUCUUGGGGUUCGUCUCCCAGGUCUCCGACACAUCCUCCAGCGGCGACUCCUGGUCCUUCACGACAUUCUUGGGGUUCUUCUCAUAGGGUCUCGAUACAGGCCCCAGAAGCCCAUGAUGGCAGGCUGUCACCCGUCGCUGACGUGGAGAAUUCUUCUGGAAAUGAGGAUGAGGCAGAGCCCAUGGAGAAACAAGGCACAUAUGAAACUUCUCACAGUUACGGCACUCAUCAUCAUCAAGGCGUACAUUUCAAAUGGAACCAUCCCUUCAAUCGGCAGUCGUAUACUGAGAGCAUUUUGCCAGCUAGGACUCGGACAGCCUCCACCGCGCAUGAAGUUCGUCGAAGGGUCUCUCACUCUGUGAGAAGAGCUUCAACCGCUAUCGUGGAUGCUGUCGAGAAGCUAGACCCUCUGACCGCCACUCAGGGAAAUCCGCUCGGGCUGGGCAUCAACGAAAUCCGAAGGGUCUCCUCGGCAGGUUAUGCUGCCCCUGGGCAGUUUAAUGCACGUCGGUACUCAAGAGCUGCCCACAGCUUUGACACAAUCGAAUCUCCAGAAAAGGCUUUGACCAAUUCAUCUUCUAUCUCAGAAGAGUACGUUCGACAAGGGAUGAGUGAGAAGGUGGAGGAGUACUCGAUCCAGCGCCUUGCCGCUCAUGACGACAUCGAACAGCUGUCAACAUUCAAACGCCUUCUUUACAGGCUUUGUCCUAUUCUUGUACUUGUCACAAUAGCCGCCUAUUGGAUUUAUUUCGUUCUUCGCGUGAAGUUCACUAUCGCUGCUGAAAGGUCAGCACAUGAGAUAUACUGGAUGGCAUGGGCUUUCAUUCUUGUCGAGCUGUUUGUAUCCAUUCCCAUGUUGCUACACCGUCUUUGGGGUUGGCAUGUUGUCGGUAUGAGGAAACGCCCAAAGCUUCGUUUGGUUGGUGACGAUGUACCAUCUGUCGACGUUAUCAUAACUUGCUGUGGAGAGGACGAUGACCUGGUCUUGGACACUGCAAAGGCCGCUUGUAAUAUCGACUAUCCACUGGAAAGAUUCCGGGUCAUCAUUUGCGAUGAUGGCAAGUCCAAGACUUUGCAGGAGAUGACAGAGAGAACUGCUCUUACACAAUUCGACAAUCUUUAUUACCGAUCAAGACCAAAAUAUCCGGGAGUUCCCCACCACUUCAAAGCCGGCAAUUUAAACGACGCCAUGGAGGAAACGGCAAGAUUGCCAGGUGGUGCUGCAAAUUUCCUUGCGGCACUUGACGCCGACAUGAUUCCUAUGAAAGAUUGGCUGAGAGCACUCUUACCCCAUAUGCUCCAAGACCCGAAGUGCUCAAUGGCUUGUCCUCCACAACUUUUCUACAAUGUCCCACCCGAUGAUCCACUUUGUCAAAGUUUGGACACUUUUGUCCACAUUUCUGAGCCAAUCAAAGACUCUAUGGGUGUCGCUUGGUGUACUGGAUCUGGGUAUGUGCUAAGGAGAGCCGCUCUGCAGUCAAUCGGAGGCUUCCCAAUUGGUUCCCUGGCAGAGGAUGUGUGCUGCUCAAGCAUGCUUCUUGGCUCGGGUUGGAAUACUGCUUUUGUUCAUGAGCCUCUUCAAUUUGGAACUGUGCCGGACUCUCUCACUAGUCACCUGAAACAACGCACACGAUGGACCAUUGGUACUGUUCAGACGUCGUUUAAGCUACGUUUCAGCGUCUUUGGACCGCUAGUCAAGCACAUGACGUUUCCUCAACGCCUCUGCGGCUUCGUCUACACGAUAUCAUCUCUAUUUACGGUAUUCCUGGUCUUAUCAAUGUUCACUGCACCCAUCGUCCUCGUUGCUGGUGGUAAUCUUGUGCCAUUCACCUCGAUGAGUCAGCUCGUAUGGUUGAUACGAUCGAAUUUUCUGACCACAAUCUUGAACCGCAUCAAUGAAUUUAUUUCUUACCUGCCUUCUGGCUACCGGACCGGCCAGAGAGAUGCAAGAGCGAUGAUGUGGAUGGCCCCAUUCCAUGCCUUAUCUGUCAUCCGGACUUUCCUUCUGCCCAAAUGGCUAGGAGGGAAGGUCGCAGUCUUCACUUCUUCCGGAUCACAGAAGGCCGAUCUCAAUGAGCGUGAUCCAAAACUUCGCGCUCCAGUGUGGCGUCGUCUUUGGGUCACCAUCUGGGACUGCCAGUGUUAUCUUCAUCUCGUUUAUAUCAUGUUUGUGGUCGCUGCUGUCUCAGUGAGCGUUUAUUGGAAUGUUACAGAUGAGCGAAACAACACCACGAAGAAAAUGUUGAUAUCGCUCCUUACACACGCAGGUUGGCCUCCUGUCAUUUGGCUUACUUGCAUCCUGUCUUGUUGGGUGCCAAUCAACUAUGCACUGUUCCCACCCGACUGCCCGGAUAGACAAGAUCUUCUGGAUCGAGAUCCGUCUACUGGUGUUGCCUACCCGAAGGAGGAGUCCAAAAAGACCAAAAUAACCUGGGCUUCGUGGGCGUACGAGGCGCAGAACAGCUUCAUCACUUUGUACAUGACCGUUGUUUUCAUUCUGUCAUUCUGGCUUUGA